AUGGCGGACCGCGUCUCACAGAUUGCCGGCCAGCUCAACUACCCCAAGGGUAUGCUGGCCGGGCAGGUUGCCAUCAUCACCGGUUCCGGCCAGGGCAUUGGCGCCGAGGCGGCCCGCCUCUUUGCCAACGAGGGCGCAAAGGUGGUCGUGGCCGACGUGGAUGCCAACACACUAACCACGGCCAACCCUCUCUUCACCGCAACAGAGAAAGCCCAAGACGUCACCGACGCCAUCAACAAGUCCGGCGGCUCCGCGAUCGCGGUGGCCGGCGACGUGCUCGACGACAACUACAUCAAGAAGCUGAUCAAGGAGGCCGCGGCGUUUGGCAACGGCAAGAUCCACAUCCUCGUCAACAACGCGGGCUACACGUGGGACGGCGUGAUCCACAAGAUGACGGACAAGCAGUGGCACACGAUUGUCGACCUGCACGGCACGGCCCCCUUCAAGCUGGUGCGCGAGGCGGCGCCCUACUUCCGCGUCAAGGACGGCGAGCCGCGCAGCAUCGUCAACAUCUCGUCGACGUCGGGCGUGCACGGCAACGCCGGGCAGAUCAACUACGCGCUGGCCAAGGCGGGCGUGACGGGCAUGACCAAGACCAUCGCCAAGGAAUGGGGGCCCGCGUUCGGCGUGCGCGCAAACACGGUCGCCUUUGGCCACAUCCAGACCCGCCUCACCCAGGCCAAGGAGAAGGGCGCCUUUGUCACGGGGCCUGACGGCACAAAGAUCGACCUCGGCAUCCCAGAGGCCACCAAGAAGGCCGUCCCCGCCGAGCUGCAGCACGCAGACAUUGCCCUCCGCAGGCCUGGCACCGCCAGCGAGGCGGCCUCGGCUGUCCUGGGCGUCUGCAGCCCGCUCUUCUCGUAUGUGACGGGGCAGACCAUCAUGGUCACGGGCGGACGCAACAUGUAA